CCACUUCUCCAGUCCCAUGGUCGGGAGAUAAAAGAAAAAAACUGCGACGUCAGAGAAAGAGAUUGUCCAGUCUUGUUGAGGAGGAUGUCUUUCCGUGUUACUAUUAUCGUGUUGCUUACACAGCUCUGCGCUGUCGCAGUCACGUCAUCUGAUGUCAAUUGCAUGUCAUUAACGCAUGAAGUCAAAGACCAGGAGUACAAGGAGAGCCUAGCGAUAGAGUGUAGGGUCGAGGCUUGUUAUGAAAUCAAUUACUUUAAUAUCAUCCGGUACAUAGAAAUCUCUUCAGAUUUCGCAGGCGUCGUUGGUAGAAUAGAAAAAAACGUUCCCACGGGCAUAAAAGAUGCUGUACUCACAGGAUCCACCUCUGAUACCAUGAGCGCUUUCCUUAAAGUGGAGAUCGCCAAGCCUACGGUCGAGGACGCUGGACAGUACACCUGUUUGAUCGGACUGCAGGAUCUUUACGGUAAGAAGAAAGACUUACAAGCCAACAUCGUGGUCGACGCCUCUGAUUUGCCCUCUAAAGAUUACUACCAAACCAAAGUCUGCAACAAGACGGACGAGUACAAGCCUCAGUAUGACAAGUGUAAGCUGUACAGACAGGGACUGGUCGACCUUUUCUUUCAGAAAACAAAGAGCUACAACGGAAGAACCUAUUACCUUUCUAAGGGACCUUUCCUUAAUGACGAAGAGAGCGACCUCCUAUGCCAAAUCGUGGGCGGAUACCUCGUGGAGGUGGACGACGAGGAUGAGUUCAAAGCAAUGGUAGAGCUGAUUAAAGAGGCCAAAGCUACCGGCUCUCUCAUUUCCGGAACGGACGCGGAGAAGGAACGGACGUGGCUGUAUCACCGCUCUGAGAAAGAGAUGACCUACUUCAACUGGCUGAAACCGGCGCCGGACAACCUCCAGGGCAAAGAGAACUGCCUUGUUAUCUGGAUUAAAGAGGAUUACGCGAUUGGUAUGAAUGACGUCAUAUGCCACAGCAACCCGUUCACGCUGCCAUUCAUCUGUGAGACAGAGGAGUCCUAUGGAUAUGCAACAAGCGACGCAAGCUAAACAAUCCCACGGCCAAGAGAUGUGAUGAUGUCUUUGUGACUAUUGAUACAAUAUUUUUUUUCAAAUCGUUUUUUUUUAAGCUUGUUGGGACAUUCCUAAUAAAGUUAUUCUAAUAGCUUAA